AUGUUGUGGGUCCAGCAGUGUGUGAAACAAGGCAUCCUGAAGGUCGCGACGAUCCCUGGGACUGCGAAUCCCAGUGAUCUGGGAACCAAGCCUCUGAAUGGAAGCCGCAUCCGCGAGCUUCUCUUCAUGAUGGGGGCUGUGCUUCUGGACGGGUCUCCUUACGGAGCUCAAGACAAAGAGCUUGCGGACCAGAAGAGGGAGAUGGCGCGUGUGAUGAAGGAGCUCAAGAGUGACGGCCACCGCGUGUCCCAGAUCAAGGCGCUCAUGCCGAUCCUCCUCAUCAUGUCUCAGUUUCAACCGACGCGUACGGGUGGACUUCUUGAAGAGUUCCGUCAGUACUUUGAGUGCUCGCUGCUCAGCUUGGUUCGUGGUGCCUCUGUGGAAGCCAAAAAGGACGUCGAUAGUGCGAGAUCUGACUUCAUCGAAGCACUGCAAUCUUUCAGGGACGACACCCUUGAAGCUUUGACUGCUCUGCACGAGCGUGCUGACCUUCUGCUUGAGAAUCAAUUUAGGCUGCAGAACCAGUUUGUGAUUUUGCAACAGCGCCUUACUCGGCUUGAAGGUGAACCGGACUGCACUGACGGGCCGUGCUGCCCGGACGGGAGCUUUGCUGGCGAGAUGUCCUCCAGGCCCACUGACCCUGAUGACAGGUCCGCACCGCCCCUCCCCGAGUCGGGCAUUCCCUGCCCACCUGUGAAUCGGCUGCACCUCCAUUGCCCAAUCCGCAAGGAAUGGUGGUGUCGGUAUCGAACUGGUCGAGGGAUGCAGGCCAUUCGUGCACACUCAGCGGCCUGCUCUCAGAUUGCUGUGAACCUCAUGCUGCAGCUUCUUGCCUUCUUGGGGUCUGAAUCUAGCUUUUUCUCCGCCAUCCAAUCAGCAGUGCAUUUCGAUGCACACGUGCGCCGUGUACUUGCAGGUUUUGCCGCAACGACUGUCAUCAGGUACAUCACUACCUUUAACUCCUUUGCUAAAGCUUGUGAGGACUUGGAUGUGUGUCUUCUUGAGAUUACUGCAGUGCAAGCGGCCGACAUCUUGGUCACUUUGCAGCUUCAAAGACAGGAGGAUCCGACUGUCGGAUCGUCGGCAAUCACUUGCAUCAAGGCCGUACGGUGGGUUUGCAAGAACACCCAGUGCAUUGUGUUUGAGGUUUUCUAUGGCGAGCUGAUUUCAUCCUUCUUGAAGACCAAAUUGCCUAAGGACCGCAGGGAGAGCCUACCCCUGCCGCUGUAUGCUCUUGUGCAGUGGGAACGGCGCAUCCUUCAGCGCUCCACCCCAGUGCGGGACAUAGUACUGCUCGGUGCUUUUUUGGUCACAUGUUGGGCGAGUCUUCGCUUUGCUGACAGCCAGCGCAUCGAAUGGAGCUCAUUUGCUUUCGACGUGGUUUCGCUUCGGGCCAUUGCAUACCAGACGAAAACUUCGCAUCAGGGCCAACCCUUCGGCCUAAUCACUCAAGGCUUCUUGCAUCAUGGCACACACUCCUGGGUGGCUAGGUGGCUCCGGGUUCUUGAUUCCAUCGCUUCGCAGGAGGUGCGCGACUUUGGGGUGGCUCCUAGCUUUCUGUUUCCGGCACUGGACGAUGACGCCGAGUUGCUCCGGCCCCUGGAGCCGAUGAGUUACCCUUCAUGCUUGCGCUGGUUGCGCUAUUACUUGCAGUUUCCUUGGAUGGUGUCUCCACCCGAGGUGUGCCGGACAUCCGCGGCCCAGACAGGGUCUGCUGUCUUGGCGGAUUUUCGCCCAAGGACGCCAUUGCACCGUGGAGCACAGCUGCCUAUGGCACCGAUCCCUUUUACUUUGGAAGCCUUCAGCAAAGAGAUCGAUCCUGCACCGUGGGGUUUCUUUUCCUUCGAUGUUGGUGUCCCCGGGUCGCUCCCCUGGGUUCCCGGUCAAUCUUCGGCAUGUGCUGCGGAAACACCUGCUGCAGAGGCCAGCACCAAGGCUGCCGAGCCCUCCUUGCCCGACUCCGCAUCGGAGGCUGGAUCUGAGUCAAGUCUUGAGUCCGAGGCAGGGCCCGCGUCGCUCGGCCCCCCAGAUGAGGUGCACAUGGUCGCCGCAACAGGCGUUGUGCACGCCGCAUGCCCGUCAGGUGAGAGGACACUUUGUGGCAUCGGACACGGGUCUGCCCUCGAUCAGCCGCUUCAGGCCCGAACGGUAGUUUUUGCCGACCGCUGCUCUCGCACCAUGGCAGAUGAAUUGUUCGAUGCUAAAUCCGCGGAUGGAUCAUUCAAUCUGGUGAAUCCUUCACCGUGCCCGCUUAAAGCAGAGGGAGCCUCAAGCUUCAAUCAGCUCCUUCAGGAUCACGGCAUCAGCCAGGAGCUCACGGAUCGGCUGCUCGCCGACGGUUGGGAUGCGAAAUCUUUUCGCCAUGUUGUCUGCCAGGAAUCUGAGCUUGCGGGGGUCCUCCCUGAGAUGUUCCCGGACACUGAAGUGUCCUUGAUGCAGCGUGCCAAGCUGCGAGCCGUCUGGUCGUCGCUGCAGCGACGCGGUAGUAACGAGCCUGCUCCUGCAGAACCGCUGGGAUCCCCGGCCAAGCAAGGCUCGGGAUGGUCGGAAGCCUUCGCCCCCAAGCUUGAUGCAACGCGGGUGGCCACGCUCAAAAAACGUUUCUUGGAAGCCUUCCCAUCCGAAAUCUUGACGGCUAUGAAUACCCCCUCGCUCCGCCUCUUGAGCACUGCUGUCGACGCCGAGGUUAAGAAGAACUGGUCUUGGAUCCCGUGGAAGAGUCGCAUGACACAACAGAUGUAUGAGGAUUCCCUCAUGCAGAAGCCCGCAAAAAGGGCCAGGAUUGAGACCCUUCAGCUUUCGGACCUGUUGCUUGAUGAACCGCCACAGAUUGAUAUCAAUGAUUCCACCAUGGGGAUUUCAAUGAUCCGUAGGCUGUUGGAGGUGCAUGACAAUGCCCUCGCUCUUGCAGGCACCGCGCAUCUUGCGCGCCUCAAAGCUUACACCUCUAAGUUCUUGAGCCUGGUUUCGCAAAAAUUCCCGCCUGAAACAAACCUUCGGCCCCCCUCUGUGCUGGAAGCUCAGCAGGCGGACAAACACUUGUGGUCGUGCAUCUUUCAGCUUGUGAUCGAGAAAGAAUGGCAGGUGAAUGAUGCGAUCUACGAGUUCACGGAGAUCCGCGGCGAUAUGUCGUCAUGGCUGCAGCCCCGCGCCAAAGCUGCCUCUGCAGGCAAUCGUAGGCCGUAUACACCGGGCGGCCGUGACAACCGCCCGCCCACCCCACCGCCAGGUCGUGGCACUGGCAAGGGCAAGGGGAAAGCCAAGAGCCCCACCAAGCAAGGCACCCAGCCUAGGGGCGUUCCGUGGGUUCGCGAGUACAAGGAGGGCGGCCAGGUGAAAAAAUUGUGCAUUGGGUGGCAGAUCGGGAAAUGCCAGCGUGGCAACUCCUGCGAGUUCACGCACGGCUGUGUUGCCGGGUCCAUCCACAGCUGGGGGGAGCUGCCUGCUCCCCCGCCACUGCCACCGCCGUUCGCCGUGCUCACAUCAUUUCCGGUCACCAUCGCCCUGCCUGAGCUUUGCAGGGACCUGAAUGCCCUAUUCAGGCGUCCGCAGAUGUUCCUCCUGCGCAACAUCUCCCUUCAGCACAGCCAAUGUGGAAACUCCCUCACCCUAAGCCCCAGCCUUGACCCGACCCUGGAUGUCCUUUGCCCAGACCUCCUCGAGCAGGUCCUCUUCCUUUGCGGCUCGGGAGCGGUCGCGUAUCUUGCAGCAUCGCCACUAGCCGAGUCAGCAGACUCGCCUGACGACGUGGGUUCCUCCUCGUGGCUGCUAUCGGCAAUGCACGAGCAAACGGCGGCGGCAAAGGUUUCCCGUUGCACCUGGCUCCUCAGCAUUGUACACACUGCAGGGGGUCAAGGGCAUUUGGAAUUGCCCCCCACUUCUUCUUACUGGUCGUCUGAGCGGCCCCAGGCCUGGCUGCAUCAGGGAAACUGUGCUCUGAUCUUGAUACCCCCAUUACUGUACUCAGACUCAGCUAUUCCGUGCCAGCCCCAGCUUUUGGCUGCUUCUUACCGCCCGCUUUCCGCCCUGGCGGUCAGCUCGCCCGCCUUCGCUCCCCCGCAAUGCGCAAGUGCAUUUGCAUCUUCGUUUGCCACGAUCGCUGCCCCUCUGCUCCCGGCAGAGGGCCGCGAGCUCUCCCUGCAGUCAGUCAUCAAGUCUAUCCCACGCAAAGGCCUUUUCGCAGGCCCACAUGCACUUCAUGAUGGUGCUGGAAAACGCUCCAUUGCCGAUUGGAGCAGCCCUGCAAGCCAUGAUGCAUUACGGGGAUUACGCAAAGCCCUGCUGCAAUUCUGCAUCUCAGCUCGAGCCGACAAACGCUUGCUUGCUCGCGGUUCCUGCCCGUCGAAUGAACCGCUUUUCAGCUCUUCCGAAGUGUCCGCAGCCAGGGAUCUGGUGUUUCCUUCGCUGGGUAUGCAGACCCCGGAUAACGCUUGGUAUGUGCAUCCAUACCAACCCAUGUGCUUGCACGCGUUUGAAGCCCUGGCACAACAUUGUGGCGAUCAGGACAUUCAUUUGUUUCCGCAUUUGCGUAUGGGUGUGCCAACCGGGUACUUGAAUGACAUCCCCCCUUCCAACUGUUUCUGGCCUCCCAAAGGCCAAUCAGGGGAGCUGAUUCCAUUGGCGCUCAAUCUUGAAAACUGGAAGUCGGCCGAUGUGGCUCCUGAGGUCACUUCGCGCUUGCUCCAAGAGGAGUUGGACGCGGGAUACUGCUUUAAGUUUGAAGGCACACUUGAGGAGGCGAAAAGUAGAUGGCCCGUUGGCCUAGCACUGGGAAAAUUGGGGGUUGUUAGGGCUCCGGGGAGGGCCGAACGACUCGUGUUGGACAACAGCGUAGCUGGGACCAAUUCUCAGUGCACAGUGCCGGAACGUCAAUGUUUCCCGAGCAUACACGAUGUUUCGCAUUCUUUCCCGAUUCGCGAGACUUCCGACCGCCAGAUGGCCAUUUGCAUUGAUGUCAAGCAGGCGCACAAGCGCUGCCGCAUCCGCGACUCCGAGCAGGGCCUGCUCGGCUUCACUUGGCACAACGCGCUAUACUUUUUUCGCUGCUGCCCAUUCGGAGCAGUUUUCUCACAGCAUUGGUGGGGUCGCGUGGGAGGGUGCACUUUGCGCCUGUUACAUACCCUGCUGUUCCUGGCCCAUGUGGGCCUCCUUUUCGUGGACGACUUCAUUUUCAGCCAAGCGGCCAGCCUCAUGCCGCUCUCGGGAGCUGUGAUAUGCCUCUUUCUUCAGAUCCUGGGUGUUCCAGUCAGUUGGAAAAAAUUACAAAUUUCUUGUCGGGUCGAUUGGAUUGGAUGGCGGUUGUGCUUCUCUUCGGGUACGGUUAGUCUCAGGGAAGAAAAACGCUUGCGGCUCCUUGAACAAGUGCGUUCCCUUCUGAGGGGCGGGGGCCGUAUCUCUACCAAGGAACUGGAAUCCUUUCUGGGCCUUGCCAUGUGGGCCUGUGCACUCUUCCCCACUAUGCGUGCCAUGAUGCACCCUUUCUACAAAGACCUUUGGUCUCCGGCUGCCACUAAUUUCAGCAUUGCUCCGGAAUCGUGGCAUAGCAUCUGUAAUUUCCUUGAUUCUUCACUCAGGUUUACGGCCUCACCUCCUCACACUGCCAUCCCCGCGGGUGCUAAGCUCCUCUCGGCUCGUCAUGUGCCUUUCACAACCCUUGCAGACUUGUCCAAAGUCGCCGUGACGCACAAAAGAUUGUGGCUCCGCGUUGAAUGCCUUAGCAGCUCGAGGCGGAAACUCUCCUGUGCCUCCAUCCGCUCGUUGCAGGCCUUCGAGCGUUGGUUGCAACACGUGGCACCACUCGCCAGCAUGCGCCCAUCUCAGGUUGCAGACGUUGAGGCCUUUGCCGAUGCAUCGGAAUUUGAAGCAGCAGGCAUUCCUUUCGGCAAUGACCUGGCUAAGGAGAUAGCCAGUUGUGAAGCCCUGGCUCAGGUGCCAAGAACUGCAAAGCCGACGCACUUAGCCGGUGCAGAUUUUCCCUUCCAGCUUCACCCUUCCUUGGCUUCGCUGAAAUCUGCCACCCCCUUCAGCCCACACUUCCUUGGCUUUCUUGAGCGUGCUGUGGGGCCAGCAAAGUGCAACGCCGGAAGCCAGACUGAACGCGAGAAGCCAGUGAAGAGCCAGAAGGAUCGCGACCAGGAGCGAUUUGCCCAGGAGUAUGUCAGCCGCUACACAGAGCUGCAGCAGAUCUUCAGCGAGAAGUGCCGGGAAAGGGAAAAGAUGGAAGACAUGCUGUAUGAGUUGCGCACCGAGAAUAGGAUGCUGAGGGAAGCUUUGGCCCGUGCUGAGGAGAGGCGAGCACCGCCACAGCGGAUAUGCGUAGCUGCGGUAACAUCCGUAGAUCGAAUAGCGUAA